UGGGGAGAUGAUCUAUUCCAGAUAAACAGAAGGUAAACAGGAAAUGAAACUCUCACUUAUGUCAGCCAGUGAUCCAUCUUUUUCUCCACUUUCUGACUUAAAAAAAAAAAAAAAAAAAAUUGGAAAGAGAUAAACUUUAAUCCAAUCCCAUCCAAUCCUUAAUUUCCUAAUUAUUUAUAAUUUUAAUACUAAACUAAGCUUUCAUUGCUGCCUUUUGGUGUUUGCCGUGCAAGGAGUCCAACAGCAACUUGGUUCUCAAGGUAUAACUUAACUGACACUUUCUGCUCAGGUCUGAAUCUUGAAAUGGUCAUGGUGUCAUUUUGCCUCUUGGAUAAGGAUUAUUGUGGUGAAAAUUUUGAUAUAUAAGAACAAGAAAUUAAAGGUGCAAAAAUGGUUCUGGCUUCUUCAGUGAAAGUAGUUUUAGGUUCAAUUGCCUUUUCAAUCUUCUGGAUACUGGCAGUUUUCCCUUCUAUCCCUUUCCUACCUGUUGGGAGGACUGCAGGGUCCCUUCUAGGGGCUAUGCUUAUGGUCAUCUUCCGUGUCAUGACCCCAGAUCAAGCAUAUGCCGCAAUUGAUCUCCCAAUUCUUGGUCUUCUCUUUGGAACCAUGGUUGUUAGUGUUUAUCUUGAGAGAGCAGAUAUGUUCAAGUACUUGGGUAAGUUGCUUUCAUGGAAAAGCAAGGGAGCCAAGGACUUGCUUUGUCGAAUUUGCCUGGUUUCUGCCAUUUCGAGUGCCCUUUUCACCAAUGACACCUCUUGUGUAGUUUUAACUGAAUUUGUACUGAAAAUUGCUAGGCAACAUAAUCUACCUCCUCACCCAUUCCUGCUUGCCCUUGCCUCAAGUGCAAAUAUUGGUUCUUCAGCCACUCCAAUUGGCAACCCUCAAAAUCUGGUUAUAGCAGUUCAGAGUAAGAUUUCUUUUGGGGACUUUCUUUUUGGAAUUCUGCCUGCCAUGCUUGUGGGAAUUGUUGUGAAUAUUGCUAUACUCAUGUGUAUGUACUGGAAGUUGCUGUCUUCUACUCAGAAGGAUGAGGAAGAUGCCACUGCAGAAGUCGUUGGAGAGGAGGAUGUCAAUUUUCAUCGGUUUUCACCUGCUACUCUGUCACAUUUUUCUUCUGCAAAUUCUCAAGAAUGGAACUCUAGAUUGGAGUCCUUGAACAUGCAAAGCUCCCCCAAUAUGAAUGGACACACGAACCAUGCUGAGACUCUUCGAAACCGAAUAACUUCAAAUGAGAAUGAAAUCCACAGUGGCACUACUAGUGCAUACGAGUCUGCAAGGGAUUCAAAUGCAUCAAAAGAGGAAACAACUGCUGUGUCUUCUCAGAAAAGAGAGGAACAUGUUCCUUCAAAGAGGAUUGCAUCCAUGGAUAAGUUGAGAGAUGUAGUUGUUCAGGAAUUUUCAGGAGAAAAGCCAGAAUUUUCCACAAAAUGGAAAAGGACGUUGUGGAAAUCAUCUGUCUAUCUUGUUACCUUAGGUAUGUUAAUUGCUUUGCUUAUGGGUCUUAAUAUGUCAUGGACCGCAAUUACUGCUGCUCUAGCUCUUGUUGUUCUUGAUUUCAAGGAUGCUCGGCCAUGCCUUGAAAAGGUCUCCUAUUCUCUUUUGAUUUUCUUUUGUGGAAUGUUUAUCACUGUUGAUGGCUUUAACAAAACUGGAAUUCCAAGUGCUUUGUGGGACUUGAUGGAGCCUCAUGCGCAUAUAGAUAGUGCUGCUGGGACAGCAGUUCUUGCCGUUGUCAUACUUGUCCUGUCAAAUUUGGCCUCAAAUGUACCAACUGUUCUGUUGCUUGGUGGACGGGUAGCAGCAUCAGCGGCUGCAAUUUCUGCAGCUGAUGAGAAGAAAGCAUGGCUAUUUUUAGCUUGGGUGAGUACUGUAGCUGGGAAUCUCUCAUUAUUGGGAUCAGCUGCCAACUUGAUAGUGUGUGAGCAAGCUCGGCGUGCUCCGCAAUUUGGAUACAACUUAACUUUCUGGAAGCAUCUUAAAUUUGGAGUUCCCUCUACCAUUUUGGUUACCGCUGUUGGUUUGAUGCUCAUAAGAUGAUACGAAAUAUGCUUCUGCAACCAUCUUGGCAUAUAAACAACAACAACAACAACAACAAAACGCAGUUCCAAAUUCAUUGGGGUCAGCUGGCCUUAAUCCCAAAUCGAAUGUUUGCCAAUUAUGUAUAAAAGUUCUCUCUUUCAAAAAUCACAUGCGGAAACAUAAGCUCUAUGUGUGUUUACCAAUUAUUUCUGUGUAGAAUUCGAUCCAAGAAACCAUCAUUUUGUAAUAAUACUAUAAAGUGGAAGUUUGUUGAGAAAUGUACCUCAAAAGUCACAUCUACUAGUUGUAUGCAUAUCUUGUGCUUCUCCUUGUGAAA